CCAAGGUAUAUAGCUCGUUAGUCCGAAAAAUUGAAUAAAGUAAAUUUUCUUCUUUGGGGAAUGUUUCACUGACUUCGACCGUAUAUCCAAACAGUGCUAAUCGCGUGCUAACAUGUCCGUGCACGUGUUCAGCAACAACGUGAAGGUUCUCAGGAAUCGGAGUUUGUCAUUGGCUGUCUGUUCGUCUUCACACUAUAGCACUGAAUCUUCUGAACCUCAAGUCAUUAAGAAUCCGUCGUUGUCGCAAUUGAAAAGGGGUACCGGAGGUCGGUCGAGUUUCAAUGGGGUGGUGGCUACCGUUUUUGGAGCAACCGGACUUUUGGGCGGUAAUCUCAUCAACAAAUUGGGCAAGAUUGGGACACAGUUGAUUAUUCCAUACCGAGGAGAUGCCUACUUCAUAAGGGAUUUGAAACUAGCUGGUGAUCUGGGUCAAGUUUUAUUUCAACCAUAUCACUUGCAAGAUGAAGAGUCUAUCAGGAAAGCAGUAAAAUACUCGAAUGUUGUCAUUAAUUUAGUGGGACGUGAUUGGGAAACAAAAAAUUUCAAAUUCAAUGAUGUCCAUGUCGAAGGAGCUAAACGUAUUGCACGCAUAAGUCGUGAGAUGGGUGUUAAACGAUUGAUUCAUGUAUCUGCACUUAAUGUUGAUCCAUUGCCACCUCCUAUCUAUCUGAAAAAAGGAUCAGGAUUUUUGUCAUCUAAAAAAGUUGGAGAACAGCUAGUUCGCGAUGAGUUUCCUGAUGCUACUAUUUUUCGUCCAUCGGACAUUUAUGGUCAAGGGGACAGAUUUUUAUUGAUGUACAGUCAUGCAUGGCGUCGUAGUCAUCAGCAAAUUGUUUUAUGGCAGAAAGGAGAACAAACAGUUAAACAACCUGUYGCAGUUUCUGAUGUGGCAUACGGCAUUGUGAAUGCUAUGCUUGAUCAUACAACAGCAGGAAAAAUUUAUCAAGCUGURGGGCCAACUCCUUAUAUGUUAUCCGAUUUGAUCGAUUGGAUUUUUGCAGUUUUGCGCCGUAAUAGACAAUUUAACUUUGAUUAUAAACGCACUGGUAUUCUGGAAAAUCCUCAAUAUCUAUUAAAAAUGUGGUUAACAGACAAACUUUGUCCUAGCUGGCCUCCAGGCUAUGUUACUUCUGAGCGUUUUGAAAGAGAGUUUGUAAGCGAUAUACUUGAUGAAAGGCUUCCAACAUUAGAAGAUCUAGGUGUAAAACUAACCAAAACAGAAGAACAUAUACCUUAUGAGCUUAGAUUUUUGAGAGCUUUCCAGUCUUAYAUAGACACGAUUGGUGAAUUUGAAAAUCCUGCUCCUCCGCCAGCUUACAUAGCACCACCAAAGCGUAAUUUUACAUAAAUCGUCAAAAUUAGAAACCAUCUGAAGAACGCGUCUGUCGCAGUGGACUUAGUCGGCUGUGCCACCAAUCAGAGUCUAAAAAAAGAAAAAGAAAUACAUAAAUAAACAAAUAAAUAAACA